GUGCGCCUCACAUUGACGGACAGCGAGAUAAAGUGGCAGCUUUCUCAGGUGUCCCCUGUGUUGUUGUGUGGUAAAUAGAUAGCUUGUACUCACUGCUGCUCAGAUGGGACAUCGCUCAGGGAGCGUUGACGCACUUUCGUUUCCCAGCAUGCAGCAGGAGCUUUGGCUGAGGGCUCUUCUUGAUACCUGUGUGUGCAAUGAGAUCGGCCGCUGCAAAAACACUCCCGACUAGACCGUCCGAACAAGAGCUCAGAAAUGCCUUAUCCAACAGCCUCGCAGGACACAACCACGUCUCCAACUCCAGCAGACCAGCAGCAGCACAGGCCAGAACAAAGAUGUCCACAGACACUUUUAAUUGUAGUUCUUUGCAUCAUCAUGGCGAUAAACGAGAUAAAUGUGAUAUUGCAGAGGGCCCCUGGAACCUGAACAACCCGGUGAAAGCCUCGAGGAGCCAUCAGGAGCUUCACAAGGAGCUGUUACUGGCCCACAAAAAGCGGGACAGAGGGCUGGUGGUGUGCUGUAAGCCGGAGCUUCAGGUGGUUCUGGAGAAGAGGAAGACAGAGCAGACCCAGAGAGAGGAGGGAGAGCAGAGCAGGGGUCCUCUGGAGCAGGUGCUGCUCGAGCGCCAGAGCAAACAUCAGGAGAUGAUGAAGGAGAAGGAGGAGGAGCAGAGGCUAUGUGAGGAGGUCCAGCUCUUGGAGUUCGUCCGAGUGAGACAGAACCUGAGGAAAGUCCACACAGCUCUACAGAAGAACCUCCACUCCUGAAUCUGACUCAACGCGUGCUUCAUUUGCAAACACAGUACACAGUGUGUCAUCAUAUUCAUUAUUUGUUAUUAAACUUUUUCACAGUCUGUUGCAGUACAUUGCAUUGUGUUCUAUAAUAAUUAAAUAAUGUUAAAAAACACACCCAUGGUGAUCUUAAAAUACCAUUAGCUAUUAUAAUAACUACAAUUACUGACAGGCCCUAGUACUGUAAAACUAUACAAAAUCUGCUGAAAUCAUUCUGUCAUUUUGUUUAACUUUUUUGUUGAGAGUGGAGGCCAGUUUUAUUGU